GUCAACCACGACGCCUGAGUCGUCGACAGCCAGCCGAUCUUCUGCGAGCCAAGCUGACCGUGACUUGCUUAGCUUUCUUUGUUUGAAGGCUAUUCCCGUUCACCAACGCAUCGUGACAUAAAGUUCCCAAUCCCUUUGUUACUGUUCCAAACGCCAUCUUAUAUCUUUACAACGGACCCUCGUUUUGCACCGUGCGCUUCUUCCAUCCUAUCUCAAACCCCAUCGCUUGCACCAUGACUUCCUACGCUGCGAAGCUUGUAGCCAGAAGGUUCUUCAAAGAAAAUGUCGCCAAUUCGCAGGGCCAGGAGGAUCCAUACUUCGAGACAAUCCCGGCAACCAGACUCGGUGGACUGUACAAGACCACCAAGAAGCGAAAGCGUGCGCUUCCACCUGGUUUGACUUCACAAGAGGAGAAGAUCCUCACCAAAGCCAAAAGAAGAGCGUACCGCGUCGACCUUUCGCUCGGCAAUUUUUGCGGAACUAGAUUUGGUUGGGGAGCAGUGAUCGGGAUAAUUCCAGCAAUCGGUGAUUUCGCCGACCUUUUGUUGGCCUUCAUGGUCUACCGUACCUGCUGCUCGGUUGAGCCCGAGUUGCCCUCCUCGGUCAAAGCACACAUGAGAUUCAAUAUGGCCCUUGACUUCGCAAUCGGUCUGAUCCCUUUUAUUGGAGAUAUUGCAGAUGCCGUGUAUAAGUGCAACACCAGGAAUGUGGUUUUGCUGGAGAAAGUUCUGCGCGACCGCGGUGCUAAGAGGAUUAAGGGUACUCCGCAAGCCAAUGCUGCGGACCCGAGCUUGCCAGACGAAUUCGAUUAUCAGGGCGAAGAGAGACGCUUGAAUGAACAGAAUGGCCCUCCUCCACGGUAUACAUCGCGACGCGAGUCCCGCCGAUCUCGCAGAGAUCGCCGUGAUGUUGAGCGAGGAGAAGGCGUUACACCCCCAGUGCCAGCUCGCACGCGCUGAUGCGAGAUUGUUUCGGUCGAACUUGCCAGCGGAGGAUUUAGUACGCUUUACUUUGUAUUGAGCCAUAGAUUCAAUUGUAUGCACAUUCUUGUCG